GCGUGGGCUCUGUACCGGGAGCAUCACCCGCCCCGCCGGGCAGUCCCUUCGAAUCCGGGCAGGGCGGGGCGGCGGCUCUGUCCCGGCAGCACUUUUGAGGCGCUGCCCCGGAAAGAGCCGCCCGUGGGCGGGCAGAGCGCGAAGGGCGGAAGCGCUGCGGCGACUGCAGGGAGGGGUCCGGCUCCCACUCCCAGUCCUCGGCUUCCCCCCCUUCCCCCCAGCACACCCCACCAUGGGCACCCGUGACGAUGAGUACGAUUAUCUCUUCAAAGUUGUACUUAUUGGAGACUCUGGAGUAGGCAAGAGUAACCUGCUGUCAAGAUUCACUCGCAAUGAGUUUAACUUGGAAAGCAAGAGCACCAUUGGAGUAGAGUUUGCAACAAGAAGCAUUCAAGUUGAUGGGAAGACAAUAAAGGCUCAGAUAUGGGACACAGCAGGGCAGGAGCGAUACCGAGCUAUAACAUCAGCGUACUAUCGUGGAGCUGUGGGGGCACUAUUGGUCUAUGACAUUGCCAAGCACCUUACCUACGAGAAUGUGGAGAGGUGGUUGAAGGAGCUGAGAGACCACGCUGACAGCAACAUUGUCAUCAUGCUGGUGGGGAACAAGAGUGACUUGCGCCACCUUAGAGCAGUCCCUACAGAUGAGGCCAGAGCUUUUGCAGAGAAGAAUGGUUUGUCAUUUAUUGAGACGUCUGCUUUAGACUCUACAAAUGUGGAAGCAGCUUUCCAGACUAUUCUGACAGAGAUCUAUCGUAUUGUUUCCCAGAAGCAAAUGUCUGACAGACGUGAGAAUGAUAUGUCUCCAAGCAACAAUGUGGUUCCCAUUCAUGUCCCUCCAACCACUGAAAACAAACCAAAGAUGCAGUGCUGUCAGAAUAUAUAGAAUUGUUCAUUCUUUCCUAAAAGGCUGUGUAUAUUCCCCAGGUCCAAGAUUUAAAUAUAUUUGUAAUUCUCGUGGUUACUUUCUUGUGUUUAGUUACUGCUUAUUCCUUCUGAAUUUUCUCCAUGUCUUAAAAACACUUUUGAUUUCAGUGUUUAUAAAUCUAUUGCUUCUGUGUGGCUGCAGUGUUUUCCCCAACACCAACUUGUUGCUUUUGGUUUGGUAAAUUGUAAGGAACUGAUCUGAUCCCUUUCCAACAUGAUGCCCGCUAGUCAGAGCACAGACACCUUUAGUAAGCACUUGAAGAUGUUAUUCUGCUCCUUGUAAAACAAUUACUGUCAAGUUAACUAGGAAAAUAUCUCUGGGCUGGACAAUCUUUCCUUGUCUUAAGGUGUUGCACACUGCAUCUUAUGCUUGAUGAAGUGCCCCUUGCUCUGAAGUGCAAUUUAAAGUAAGUGAAUGUUUCUGCCUAUGUCUUCAGAUUGCCAACUUAAGGAUUUUUUUUUCCUAUAGAAUAUAAUGGGGGAGAAAAGAGAAUUUCUUGUAAACGAGCAGCACGGUUCUUGCUACCUGUGAUUGAGCUGUUGUGGUUUGACACCUGCUAUAGCAGAAGGCAGAACUGCAAGGAGGCUGGCUGGGGAGAUGCUGGUGGCACUCUGUGGGAGGUGGCUCUUGGGAAGGAAGCCAAAGCAGGAGCUGUGUAACUGCUGAAGGGUCACUCCAACACUGGAACUUGCAGAGUAUUCUUGUGCCCUGAGACUUGGCCUCCACAGUGCUGGUGGUAUCAGGAUUUGAUGAUGCCUUUUUUUUUCUUUUCCUCUCUCAUAGCACACAGACUUGAAGGGGUUUAUCACAUGACACAUCACAUGUAUUAACACAUGCACAUGCUUGAGUUGAUGAAUUGAUAACCUCCACAACCUGGCCUUAGGUUGCAGUUCCAUUUCUUCUGGUAUUUUAAAUUAUCCCACUGGUUUGAUGUAUGCUUUUUUAACAAGAACAUCUGGAGCAGUUUUCAUACUGGAUGCCUUUCUUCCUUGCUCUGUUGCUCAGCACAAAUGUUCACUCUGCUUGUUCAGGGACUCAUGAACUGUGCCUUCUGUCGCUGCACUCACCGCUCCUCACUCCGGACACGCAGUGCCCAGAUUAGGGGGCUCCAGGCACUGCAUUGCCACAGUAUUUAAAAAGAACUGCUUGUUGUAGAAAUGCCUGCAGUUAUUUAUACCAUUACAGGGAAGUAGUCGAUUGUAGGAGAUGUUUCUCAAACUCUGAUACUACCCAUUUGGCAGAGCCAGCUCUGGGCAGGCAGUACCCAGCUGCUUUUCGUACCCAACCUUUCUGUCUUGCGGUGCUCAUGAUGUGUAAGGCACACAGAAGGCAUUGCUGUAGUCGGUCACUUGUUUUGUUUUGCUUUUUUUGUUUGUUUGUUUGUUUUUUAAAAAAAGCCAACACAUUUCUCCUCCUAGUCUUAGUUCUGAAGAUGCUACUUUGAUCUGUUUGUAAAUUACUUUGUAUUUUAUGCAUGUACUGUACCUUGAUUCAUUAUUUUUUUAGAUUGAUUUAAAAUAUAUUCAUCCAUGAUUCUAAUAAAGAAUUACAGGGGACAACUCA